UUUUCACGGGGAUAUCAGAUUUCUUCAAAAGCUCUUACCAACAUAAAUUUCAACGCUCCCUCUUUCUCUCUCAGAUCUCACGCAAAUCCGCAUACUUUUUUAUACGCUGCUUCAUUUGUAAAACCCUAGUCCCCAAAUCGAAACCCUAGGCUAAAAUUACCGAAAGAACCCCCAAAUUUCCAGCCUCAUUGCGCCGGAAUUGGUUUUCUUUUCUUGUCAUUUCUGAUUUAUUUGCUCCCUUUCGUUUUCAAUUUCUGUUUUUAGCUCUCAAGUUGUGAACUUUUCCUUCAAAGGAGUGAUGGUUGAGAUUUAUAAUGGAGGGCAGUAGAGUUAUUGUCGAUAAUGCCGAUGGCGGCCGAGAGAACUGCGGCUCCGCCGACGGGCGGCCUCCGAUACCCAAUUCUCUAGGCGGCCAAGGCGCCUACAGACGCUGCUUCAACUCCGGAGGCACGCCGCCGUUGCGUACUAAGUCCCUCGUUCGCCACUCUUCAUUGGUUAAGACAAAGUCAUCUGAUAUUCCUAUUAACCCGCGACUGGGUGAAGAUGAUCGUAUAACUGAAUAUAUGCCCCUCCUCCGCUCAGGCGCGUGGGCAGACAUUGGUUCUCGUUCAAGCAUGGAGGAUGUCUAUGUUUGUGCAGACAAUUUGACCCAUGAUUAUGGUUUGCAUAUUUCAAACGGAAAUCCUAGUGCAUUCUAUGGGGUUUUUGAUGGGCAUGGAGGAAAGCAUGCAGCUGACUUUGCAUGCAACCAUUUACCGAGGUUCAUUUUUGAGGAUGAAAAUUUUCCAGCGGAAAUUGAGCAAGUAAUGUCAUCUGCAUUCCUACAGACAGAUACGGCUUUUGCAGAAGCUUGCUCUGUGAAUGCAGAUCUUGCUUCUGGUACCACUGCUUUGGCAGCUAUUGUACUUGGAAGCUCUUUAGUGGUGGCCAAUGCUGGCGACUGCCGAGCUGUCCUCUGCAGACGUGGCAAAGCAAUCGAGAUGUCAAGAGACCACAAACCCGUCUGCCUGAAAGAAAAGAAGCGUAUAGAAGCUUCCGGAGGGUACGUGUACGACGGCUACCUAAACGGGCAGCUUAACGUGGCCCGAGCCUUAGGGGACUGGCACAUGGACGGCCUCAAGUGCCAGCAUGGCGGGCCUCUCACGGCCGAGCCCGAGCUCAUGCGGGCAAAGCUGACCGAAGAAGAUGAAUUCUUGAUAAUGGGGUGUGAUGGGCUGUGGGAUGUGUUCAUGAGCCAGAAUGCGGUCGAUUUUGCGCGAAGGCGGCUUCAGGAGCACAAUGACCCAGUAAUGUGCUGUAGGGAUCUUGUGGACGAGGCUCUUAAGAGGAAGAGUGGGGAUAAUUUGAGUGUGGUGGUCGUUUGUUUUCAGGCGGGCCCACCACCGAACUUGGUGGUCCCACGGGGAAGGGUGCAGAGGAGCAUUUCUGCUGAGGGGCUCAAGGAGUUGCAGAGCUUUCUGGAUAGUUUGAAUUGUAGUAAUUGACAGAUGGUGAUGAUGAAGA